GAGAGGGAGAGAGAGAGAGAGAGAGAGGGAGCAUGUUUAUGGAGGAAUGUGACAAUGCUCAGUUUGUGAGCGAUGGGACGAACUGAUUGCGUCAUGCCAGGUGUUGACGAGGGGAGAGUCAAGAACCCUGUCGAGAACCCUGAGAGGAGAGCAGGAACCGCAAGACACGACUCUUCCUCCGUCCGGCAGCAGCGCCAGCAAGUGUCUGUGGGAGUCAGAGCAGCGGCCGCGAGCGUGACCGUGGGGGCAAGUCGGCCGUAACAGAGAUGAAGCCUCACCGUGAGCGGCGUCCCGCCGCCGCCGCGUGACUCCGUCGCCCCACGACCCCGGCCCCGUCCCGCGCUCACCCGCGCCCGAGGGACCAUGGGCAGCGUCAGCAGCCUCAUCAACGGGACCAGCGUCGCCAACAAGCACUGCCGGGCGUCCGAGCACCGCGUCGGCAGAGCAGCGGGUCACCGGCGCCGGAGCGGCGGCUGCAGCCUGGACGGCCUGCUGAGGUGCGGCUUCGCCCAGGCCUCCUCGGCCGCCGCCCGCCCCUCCGGGCGCCUCGCCCACUCGGGGCGGAGCGAGGAUUUCUUUUACAUCAAGGUGAGCCAUAGAGCGAGGUCGGCGUGCCGCCGCGGCGGAUCGAUGGAGGAGCAGGGGAGCAAAGAUGGGGAAGCAGAGAGACGCACGGAGCCCAAACUACUGGUCAUGUCAGGGAACAUAAUAGAGAAGACCUCUGCUGAGAAGUCACUGGUCCGUUCCACUGCCUUCAAGCCUGUGAUUCCCAGGAGGAUGUCGUCCACGGAGACAGGCCACAAUAGCCUGGAGCACAUCCUUUGUCCUCGGGAGAAAGCCAAAACCCCAGACAUUAAAUACAAGCACGACACCUUCUCAGGGACUCUGUCUGAUUCCGGGCGUAACUCUAUGUCUAGCCUGCCGACCCACAGCACCAGCGGUAGUCUGAGCACUUCCACGGGCCCUGUCAGUCACGGCGAUGGCAGCUCAGCUCCUGCAAACGGCCUCAGCAAGGGAGCGCUACCCAAUUUGCCUCCAUGGGUCAGUGGGAACAGCUCUAACCUCGACUGCAGCUCCAGGCCGGCUUUAGCCGCUGGCGCCGUGGCGGCUAACGCUAACGGGGACGCCGGGUCCCCACGCGCCGCAGACGGGCCAAGCCCCCUGUCCGAGACCGCGGGGGGGGUCCGGUCGCCCAUUACCACGGAUGAGUCGCUGAUCGAGCGUUUGGAACAAAGGCUGCUGGAGAGGGAGACGGAGCUCCAGGAGCUGCAGGUGAGCUUCGAGGAGAAGGAAGCGGACACCUGCCAGCUGUUUGAGACCCGGCAGCGCUACUGUGCCGAGGAAAUGGAGGGCCUGAAGCAGCGGUGCUCCACGAAGCUGCGGCAGGUGUCCCAAAUGGCUGCGAAGACCCAGCAGGCGCUCCAGCUCCAGGUCGGCCAGCUCCAGGCGGAGAGGGAGAGGCUUCAAGCAGAUGUCCUCAAGCUGACGCGAGAGAAAGACGUCGUCGAGCUCAGACUGAGGUCUUACGAAACGAACUGCACACAGUUGGCUCCGACGCUGGAGGAAACUCAGUGGGAGGUGUGCCAGAAGACGGGGGAGAUCUCGCUGCUGAAGCAGCAACUGAGAGACUGCCAGGCAGACGUCAGCCACAAGCUCAGCGAGAUAGUCGCCCUCAGGACGUCGCUGAAGGAAAACGCGGCCAAGGUGGAGACGCUCGAGAAGCGGCACAAAGAGCACGAGGACGAGCUGCGCUCCCGCACCAUCGAGGCUGAGGUGUGCCAAAAUGAGCUCCAGCGCAAGAAGAAUGAGGCUGAUUUGCUGAGGGAGAAAGUGGGCAAACUGGAGAAAGACGUUGAGGCAAUGAAACAGGAUCUGGCCGCGGCUAAAGAGCACCGGCCGCAGCGCUCGGGGCAUCCCGAGGCCCACGCCCACGUGGGCCGCGAGGGGGAGGGGGAGGGCGAGGGGGAGGGCGAGGAGCGCGCCCCCACGGCGUCUCUGCAGAGGGAGGUGGAGAGACUGCAGCAGCAGCUGAGGGAGGAGAAGGAGGCGGGGGCGCGGCUGGCCCACAGCUUCCAGCAGGAGAGGACCACGUGGAACAGGGAGAAGGACAGGGUCAUCAAGUACCAGAAGCAGCUGCAGGUCAGCUACCUGCACAUGCACAAGAAGAACCAGGACCUGGAGAGGAUCCUGAAGGAGCUGACGGCCGAGCUGGAGAACCGGACGGAGCUGGGCCUGGACGCCCCCUUCAGCGCGGGGCUGCAGACGUACGACGAUGUUAUCGCCACGGAGAUUUAGUACCAGCACUCGUUUGCAUGCUUAGGGUCAGUUUCAGCUGUUUGGGGUUUUUUACCCGCCAGGUAUUUGUGCAUCGAUGUCACGCCCAGCAUCCGGACCACAGGAGCUCAGUCACUAUCGGCAGCAUGAGUUAUAUGAUAGAUCGUGCUCCAUCUCGUGUUCUCCACGUCACAAGAAACUGAAUAGUAUUUUGUUACGACACAUUUACUACUUGUUCAUAAGUAAAUAGUAAGUUAUUUAAGCUUCAAAAUGAGAAUAGGUUGUAUUUUUUUAACAUGACUUCUAACAGGAUCACUUUGUAGUUUAACUACCACUUGUUAAUUAAUACAGGCUAGGCAAUAAGGGACACUUGUUUCUAAUGGCAGCACGUGAUCCGAGACCCACGAUCACCAGUCUAAUUGACCUGCCCUCGUGCAUAGUUCUGAGGUUGUGCAUGGAAAAUGUUUUUCAAACAACGCGCAGAGCUCGACUGAAUGUUGGUUGUUCCCACAUCCUGUAACGUUUUCCACCUUUAAAUCCAUCUAACAGCACAUGGUUUUGUUUGACAGUGAAAGCAUCAUUUGAGUCAAUAAGCACAGAAUAUGAUGCAGAUAAGACCUUAUUUUGCGUCCCUAAUGUAAGUUUUGUUGUUCUCCACUUCUGAUAAACCUUUAUCUUUCAGUCCAGUCAUGUAAAAUCCUAAUACCACUUACGCAAUGACUGUAAUGAAGUUCAGGCAGAACAAUUGCAUUUUGGUUCAGGCAGACUGUGGUCGUAGCCGUCUCAGUAAUCUAAUUGGCCGGAUUAGUUUACUACAGGUCCUUCUACAAACAUGAGGAGGGCAUUAAAGCUCUGGAUCAGUGGACAGUGCGAUUCCUGAGCUUGAGCCGUGCAGGGAAUGGACAGAUGCAGGUGCUCGGACAGAUCUCAAGGACAAAUGUCAAUUUUAGAAUAGACUGUGGCGUUUGCGUUUAAGGGAGUGAGAUUAAACAGGAAUAGAUAAUAGAACUAAAGGAAGGAGUGCAACAUUCUGCUCUGUUUUAUCUCUCCACCGGCCUUGUGACAAACCGCUGGCACUGCUCCACUGUGAGACAAGCAGCCAGUCUUUCAGCCCCGCCGUUUUGGAGGCUCUCCGCUCCCCACAAGGGCGAGAUCAUUUGUGAAACACAACUUUCAGCGCCUCCACUCGUUCGGUAGUCGGGGGCUCAAAUACAGCGUGAGCACACGCCGCUCUGGUCAGAGAUGCAGCGGUGUGCGUAAUGAGGCGGCCGGAGAUCGCUCAGCCGGCCGCGCUGAUCACUGCAGCAGGCCAGAGCCGUAACCAGUGGGCACUCAAAUAACCAGUAAGCGCCCAAAUUGUGCUCGAGUCGGGACGUCGCGAAAUUUGUUGGAUGUGAAAAUACGGCUUCUAAUGUAGAGUAACUUGCACAGCCAGUUCGUGUGUGUAGAUGGAAAUAGAGUAAAAUGCAGCAGGCGUUUGAAUUUUACAGCAAACUCAUUGAUUAAUCAUUUCUGCCCACCGUUUGGGCAGAAACCACCACGGUUUUAAUAUGCAUUGUGCUGUUAAUGAAACUCCUCAUAUUGAGCACUGAAUCAACAAAUCACACCACAUUAAAAUGAAACUCAUUGUGACUAACUGUUGUCCGUUACAGGUUUUUAUUUAUUUAUUGCUCACCUUUGGAAGCCAAUGCUGAAUUUGGGCUCAAAAAUAAACAUGAAUGCUGUUAAUAUUCAAAGCUGUGUUGAACUGCUCUCUUUGUCAAUCACUCUUUAUCAUCCUCUACCUCUGUUGGACUUAGACAAUGGGAAGAUUGUUUUUCUCUCCACCUAAUUAUCUAAUUUUGUCCCUUUGAUGGCGUUUCCUUCCUCUGUAGCUCUUUCCAGUUCAGCCUCUGUCAUAACUCAGCUGAUUGGACCAGAUCAAAACUGAAAUCAAAUUAAGGUCCAUUGUCGGUGCAUGUGGCUCCGUCACUGAUAUGAAAGGAACGACCACGCAGAUGAGAUAACGAGAAAUUCAAACUCGCUGUGACUGGAGACUGAGGUGGAGUGGGGGCUCUUUGUCCAUGCUAUCACAUAAGAGACAUCACGUACAAUAAACAUGCUGUAGUGAAACAUC